AUGAACAACCAACCUGUAACCUAUGCAGAACUGAAUUUGGCCAAGUCCGCCAAGAGACAGCAAAGGAAGCCUAAGGGCACUCAAAGCUCCAUUCCAGUAACGGAGCAGGAAAUAGUAACCUAUGCAGAAUUAGCUCUUCAAAAUGCUACCCGGGAUCUUCAAGAGAGGGACAAGAAGGACCACUCCAAAGAUUCACCAUCAACUCCAGAGAAGCUCGUUGCUGGGGUCCUGGGAGUUAUCUGCCUUAUCUUGAUGUACAGUGUAGUAAGAGUGAUACUUUCUAUGCCUUGUAAGUUUUUGGAAAAGAACAAUUCAUCCCUCAACACAAACAUCCUGAAAGCUUAUCAUUGUGGUCAUUGUCCAAUGGAGUGGUUUACAUAUUCUAAAAAUUGCUAUUACAUUAGUACUGAAAAUAAAACAUGGAUUGAGAGUGUGCUGGCCUGUGCUUCUAAAAACUCUAACCUGCUUUAUAUAGAUAAUGAAGAAGAAAUGAAAUUUCUGAGUUUCAUGUUACCACCAUCAUGGAUUGGAAUUUUUCGUAGCAGCAGUAGUCAUCCAUGGAUGUUGAUAAAUGGUUCAGCUUUCAAACUAAAAAUAGCAGAAUUAUCAUCUGAUAAAGGUGACUGUGUUCUGCUGCACGUAUAUGGCCUCACAUCAUGGAGUUGUGGAGCUUCAAAAAUAUAUAGUUGCAAACAUAAGCUUUAG